AACACCACUAAGUAACAUCCACAACUCUGCCAGUAGUUGAAGAAUGUCCCAACUAAGAUACCCGAUAACGAUAGUAACGGUAUCAGCAGCUGUGUUUGUUGUGUACGGGUUUAUAGCCGGGCUGUACACUGUCCUGAACAUACCUCCCAACCCCUGUGAGAUGACGUACAUGUUCGAAAGUAUUAAAUACAUUCCAGUUCCAGUUGAAGGUGGAAGUGAGAAGUACAAGUUAUACGCGUAUGGCGAAGGCCGCUACGCUAAAUCUCUGUUUCAGGGCAAGUUCAACGGUAUUCCUGUUCUAUUCAUCCCUGGAAAUGCUGGCUGUUUCAAACAGGUCCGUUCUCUAGCUUCAGUAGCGUACAGAAUGCACGAGGACCUCCACAAGCUUCACCACUUCAACUACUUUACAGUAGAUUUUAACGAGGAGUUCUCUGGUCUUUACGGGGGUGUGCUGUACACCCAGUCUGACUAUGUUGUAGUUGCGCUACAGGCUAUACAGAAACUUUAUUCUACUCCCAAAAAGGUGAUCCUGAUUGGACACUCUAUGGGAGGUCUGGUGGCUCGUUCUGUCUUUGUUCACCCCGAGUUUCAGUACGACUCAGUGGAUCUGGUCCUGACUCUCUCCACCCCUCACAACGCAGCCCCCUACGAGUUUGACUGGCAUAUUCAUUCUUUUUAUAGCGAGUGGAAAUCGUAUGUGAAGUCGAACCCAAAAUUAUACGAGGAAAAAGUUUUCGUUUCUAUUGGCAGUGGUAUCAGAGACACCAUGGUUCAACCUUAUCAAACCAUUAUUCAGGAAUCAGGAGAUAACACAGUUAACGUGUUAACAACUUGUAUACCAGAAGUACAACUCUCUCCUGACCACCUCCAGAUGGUGUGGUGCCGACAACUUGUCAAGAAAAUAACGCACGUCCUGUUUGAUAUGAUCAACAAAGACACCCUGCAAAUAGAAGAUAAUAUCUCCUUGAUACGAGACAUUUCCAGAGUAAACUUUCUGGGUGUACAGUCAGUGUUUCCGGUUACAAGUAAAAAGAGAGAAGUGGCUCCAGCAGUGAUCCUUAAAGACAUGCAAUUCCAUGCUACGGUAACGAGUAGGGAGGGAUGGAAGAAGUUUGUGAUUCCAAAUAAAAGUGGAUACAACACCGCCAUCAUCGUGCAGAACCCACCUCGGGAAAGGUGGCUGUAUUACUGUAAAUCUGAUGUUUUGGAAUGUGAGGAUAUAAGCGGAGAGAUAACCCUUUUCCCGGACAACUUGGCCGUCUACAGCAAGCGUCUUGCAGACACAGACGGGAAGUAUGAAGUGUUUCUCCACGGAGCUCACGGCCGAGAGAAGAAAGCAACCAGAUCUAUCCUCACGCUCCAGCAUCAUCUCGGAGGUGCAGUGGAACUGUCCUCUUACGAGCCGGACAGUGUUGAGAUUGCGGACAGAGCAGAGCAGAUGUUGUCAGUUCCCAGUCUGAGCAGUACAGAUUAUUGGGUUGUUACCCAAGUUUCCGUAAAACAGGGCUCCUGCACCCUCCUCAAAUCAUCCCAGAGGUUACCUAUAGGUAGACUGAUCUCCAAAACGGAGGACACCUACUCGCAGAGUGUGGACGGUGGGCUCGACAUCAUGGUAGAGCUACUGACUGUCAAACCCUUCCAGAAAUCUCUCUCACACCCUCAGAUACAAUUAAUCCUGGAUCCAGCCUGUAGCUACACAGUGACAAUACAGACGGACGGAUUUAGAACAGCUGCUAACCUCAUCAAAUACCACUACUCUCUUUUUGGAGGUGCCCUGUUGUUUGUGUUGCUGGGGGCUGCGGCGGACCUGGUCCGGGGCAGGAGUCCAGCUCUUCUUUACUCGCUGACCCAAGACCACAGCAACAUGUUUAUGUUUUUCUUUAUCAUAGUUGUGAAAGUGUUUCAGUGGGGGAUACCUUCUCUUCAUGAAGCUACUGGUAUAGAUUGGCUGACAGUAGAAGCUGAGAUCCUCCUCACCGCACUGCUCACAGUUCACACUUUAGUUUACGUCUUAUGUCACAUCAGCACCUACCUUUCCUUUCUACUGUUUAAACUCAUCACCAUAAUUCGUCUAGGAAGCUGCCGACCCAUUUUCUUCUCCUGGAAGUUCCAGUCUGUUCUCGGAGUGGCGGGUCUCCUCACUUCUGGGUCGUGGGCUAACAUUCUCAACCUGGGUUUCCUGCUAUUCUUCGUCGUGUCGAGGAAAAAUGUCCACCCAGCCGUCAAGGCGCUUCUUCUCUUGCAGAUUUACGGUACUGGUCUUCAACUCCCUGUCACUCUAUCCUGGCUCAAGAACCUCUCUCUCCGCCUCUAUUGGCUGGAGGGAGACGUUGCCUCACGCGUUACUCUACCACUCUCUGUCAUCGGCUGCUGCCUUUCAACGACGCUGUGUACUGCUGAUGCCACCACCCGCGAUAUCUCUGCUCUGAGUGUUGGCAAGGUGGUGCUAGUGUUAAACUUGUUGAGGUUUUUGACUGUUACGGUGGUUUUGACGAGGGCGUUUUUGGUUGUGCCCGUGCUUUACACGGCUAUUCUUUCUUUAGCCGGGUUUUUUAUUUCAGCUCCCGUUAAAAGCAAAGUCUCGUGACGGUACUCCGGUAUAAAUGUGUAAUGAUUUUAACGCUUUAUUCGACUAACUAGUCCAGCGUUACAUAUAUCUAUAUUAUAUUUUGACGAAAUCCCCCCGACAACGGGGACAUAGGAAAAAAACACUGAAAAUUGACCAAAAACCGACCCUUCGUUCUGACUUCGCGAUUUUUAGCAAGAUUGUAGAAAAAGGAAAUGCACCCGUUAUAGCAUUCUUAGAAUCCUGAUUUAGGCUUUAGAUUUUUUAUAAUUAAUGUCGGAAGUGAGGUAAAAUAAACGUUACAAUAAUGGCGAUAUUUUAGGUUAUUUUAGGAUAUUUUAAGGUUAACUGCGUCGUUGCGUAGCAACAACAAGAGAUUGCACGUGCGCGAGCAAGCACAGGUUACUGUUAGCAACUAGUGUUGCCAUGCUUUAAGUUUAAGUUUAUGAUACGUCAUAUUCAUAACUAGUUCGCAUUUGCGCUCACUCUAUGAUUAUUCAUAACUUUGGUUGUUAUUGAUAUUUUUCGAUGCGGUAAAAAGUAUCGAUUAGGAAAUCAGAAUACUUACAACGUUGUCGUCAUAGUCAAAUGAAAUUCAUACUUUCUACAGUACAGAGCUAAAUGCUUAAAUGGUGAAGAUAAAUUAAAACAACGCUGAUUUCUUAAAUUUCCUCAAACAAAGCUUUAUAUAUAUAUUAGAAUGGAUAGUAGCAUUAGCAAUGUUCUGAGUUUGUUUAUGCUGUUUAGUAUUCGGAGUACUUAUUGUUUAUUAUUUUAUACUUAUUAUAGCUGUUGUUCAUGUAUCGCUGAUAUUAUUGUUAUUGAUUUCAUUUCUACAUCCUAACUUAUCAAUAAUAUCUUGUUCCUCUUUAUACUCACUGCGGAUUGCAUACAAUUAGAUUUCAGUUGAAUCGAUGAAAAAUUACUCUUAGUUAUGAGGCUCACACAUCAUAACAUUACAUAAGAUUAAGCGGGCAGAAUUGACACUUUCAUUAGCAUUUACAGUUAGAAAUAACAAAUGUAUAUUCCAAAUCUGACUAGAAAUAUAUAUUUUACAAAUGGUAAUUCCCAUAAUUUUUUACUUUGAAUCAAAAUUCAACCCUCAUUUAAUUAAUUAACACUGUUGGAGGGUACAUUAUUUUAAAUUAAAAUCUGUCAUUUUACGUG